AGCUGCGGGCCCGGCACGGGAAGAACGGGCUGCGAAGGAGGGAGGAGCGCGGAGCUGCCGGAGCCUGCAGCCCGCUCCGUCCUGGGGCGCGGCGGGGAGCCGGCGCUGCUUCACGGAGCUCCUCUCUGCUCGGAGCUGCUGCUCAGCGCCAACAUGAGGAUCCGUCUGGCGAGAAGAUGGACGUGGGUCCGCAAAAGCUGCGUGUUUAUCGGCUUCUUGAUGAUCGCUUACUUUGUGGUCGAGCUGUCGGUUUCUUCCUUCGGGGCUUCUCUCGCCGGGGAGAGCAUCACCAAAGGGAAAUGGGAGAGGCGCUUUUCUGACAGAGCAGAAGAAGCUGUGGAUUUGGCUCGCCCAGUUUAUGACAAACCCCCGCCUGAUCCUUAUGCCCCAGGAGAAUGGGGCAAGCCCUCUCGCCUGCAGCUGAGUCCUGAGGAAAAGAAACAGGAAGAGGAUCUAAUUGAGAAGUAUGCAAUUAAUAUUUAUUUGAGUGAUAAAAUCUCUCUCCACCGGCACAUUGAAGAUAAUCGACUGAAUGGGUGUAAAACCAAGUCUUACAACUACAGAAAACUGCCCACAACAUCUGUUAUAAUCGCUUUUUACAAUGAAGCCUGGUCGACAUUGCUGCGGACGAUACAUAGCGUUCUUGAAACGUCACCUUCAGUGCUUCUAAAAGAGAUUAUACUGGUGGAUGACUUGAGUGAUAAGGUGUAUUUGAAGACUGAACUUGAAAAAUACAUAAGCACUCUGAAAAGAGUCCGUUUGAUAAGAACCAACAAACGAGAAGGACUGGUUCGUGCGCGCUUAAUUGGCGCUACCUUUGCGACUGGUGAUGUCCUCACGUUUCUAGACUGUCACUGUGAGUGUGUGACUGGCUGGCUGGAACCACUGCUCGAGAGGAUUGCUGAGAAUGAGACUGUUAUUGUUUGUCCUGUCAUUGACACCAUUGACUGGAAAACAUUUGAAUACUACAUGCAGACAGCAGAGCCCAUGAUUGGGGGGUUUGACUGGCGGCUGACAUUCCAGUGGCACUCGGUGCCUAAACAUGAGCGUCUCAGGCGCAAAUCUAAAACUGACCCAAUCAGAUCCCCAACUAUGGCUGGUGGUUUGUUUGCUGUCAGCAAGAAGUAUUUUGAGUAUCUGGGUACCUACGAUACAGGAAUGGAUGUUUGGGGAGGGGAGAACUUAGAAUUGUCAUUUAGGGUUUGGCAGUGUGGAGGUAUGUUGGAAAUUCAUCCGUGCUCCCAUGUAGGUCAUGUGUUUCCAAAGCGUGCACCCUAUGCUAGACCAAAUUUCCUUCAGAACACAGCACGUGCUGCUGAGGUGUGGAUGGAUGAGUACAAAGAGCACUUCUACAACAGAAACCCUUCAGCAAGAAAAGAAAACUAUGGGGAUAUUUCUGAGAGAAAGAUACUAAGAGAGCGUUUGAAAUGCAAGAGUUUUAACUGGUAUUUAAAGAACGUAUUUGCUGAGUUGCAUGUACCAGAAGAUCGUCCUGGCUGGCAUGGUGCUAUCCGCAGCGCGGGAAUAGCUUCAGAAUGCCUAGACUAUGUCUUACCAGAACAUAAUCCUACUGGGGCUCACCUUUCUCUCUUUGGAUGUCAUGGUCAGGGAGGCAAUCAAUUUUUUGAAUACACAUCAAAUAAGGAAAUUAGAUUUAAUUCUGUAACUGAGCUAUGUGCUGAAGUCCCUGAGCAUGAAGACUUCAUAGGCAUGAGAAGCUGCCCAAAAGAUGGAUCUCCUGUCCCAGAGAUUAUUAUAUGGCAUUUCAAAGAAGAUGGGACUAUUUAUCAUCCUCAUUCAGGAAAGUGCCUUACUGCUUAUCGUACAACUGAGGGGCGUGCUGAUGUGCAAAUGAGAACUUGUAAUGCUGCAGAUAAAAAUCAGAUGUGGAAAUUUGAGAAAUAACCACUGCUGGGAGUACAAAUUGAAUGGACUGUAAUCUCCAGGGGUUUUAUGUGUGUGAGCAGAUAGCAAUUUUGGUUGUAUUCCAAGGUAUGCAGUUAUGACUUCAUAACUGAACUUCACAUCUGAAUGUCUUCAGAUGUGUUUGUAGUGGUGUGGAAAUUAUAUUUUCUGUGGUGGACUGUAUGGAAAGCAGAAGUAAAUACUGGGGUUUAGUUUCUAAAUCACUGAAUACAGAUCUAAUGCCUUUUGUUUUUUGUGAAAUUUUAAUCCAUUAUUUUCCUUGGGCUGCCUUGAUUAUGGUAAAACAAAGGCUUUUGAGUGGACUGAGGAGGGAUUUUAAAUCUUGAAAAAAAUCAUGCACAUUACCUUUUAGGUUUAAUGUUACAUGAAAGUAAAGAAUCUUUACUUACCAGAAGUAAAAGUUCAGUUUUUUGUGGUGGAAUUAACUGACCUGUGUUGCAGAUACAUGAUGACAUAUGUGUCUAACACCCUAAGUAAUGCUACAGUAGCAUGUGAUUGAAAGUUGACUCUUGAGCCUUUUUCGUAUCCUGCAGUUUUCUGGGUGUUUGCAUGUUCUUAAGGGUUUCAGAGUGACCUCCAGCUAUAUUGCAAUGAAGAAAAGGAAGGCUUUUUAGUAGAUGGGUUUUGGCACUGCUGUGCAGUCGUGCACCUAUUCUGGAAAACAUAUAGAGAAAAGUGUGGUAGCAGUGGAACCAAGGACAUGCUGGUGGUAUUACAAAUGGGAAGAAAUAGGGAUGACUGCAGAUAAGAAUUCUGUCUAAAGGUAACAAAAGAAAACAAGCACAGAAUUGCAUUAGCUGCUGCUGUUUCUUGGCUAUAUAUUUUGACAUUUAUAUUGCCUCUGUGUGAGCUUUCCUGUGUUAAGCCUGGCAUCCUAGGGGCACAAAGCUUAUGCGACGAAGGUUGGAUGGGGCUUUGAGCAAGCUGUACUAGUGGAAGGUAGUGUGGCGGGGGGGUUGGAACUAGAUGUUCUUUAAGGUCCUUUUGAAUCCUUAGCUAUUUUAUGAUUCUAUGACUAUACCAUGUAUACUUUUUUGUCUCCUAGUGGGGUAGAGGAAAGAGACAGAGGAAAACUUAGGUAUUUUUGUUUUGCGUUAUAUAUUUUGGCAUCAGCCUUAGGUGGAGUUUUGAAAUAACACAGCAUAUGCCACCUCUUUCUAGUUGCAAUAGUAUUAUGGAAGACCUUGGGUGAGGUUGGGAAGCUGGAGUUCCUGACAUGAGGGAAGUUGAAAAGACAAAGGGCAGCUUGGAGCAAACCAAGAUUUGCCAGUUUGGUGGUCCAAAGAACAACAUAUUUAGAAUGUUUUCUGUAUCCUGUUAUGCUGACUUUUGAGGAAUGUUAAUUCUUGAAUUGUGUCACUAAUCUGUUUUGAGUGUGAUUAUAGUCAGUAGAUGGAAUCCUUAUCUUGUGUACUCGGAGAAAAAAUCUUGUGUUAGUAUCUGUGUGUUUUAGCUUUAUGUGAUUCAAGCUGAACACCUUCAUAAUUUGGGCAUUCCAGCUUUUUUGAUUACUUUUCACUGACGUGAUAAAUGUUUUUCAGUGGCCACAGUGUAAUAGUUCUUGACAUAGGACUGAUAGGUAGGAACUUGAGCUAGUAAGCAUAAGAAUCUGAAUACUCAAGGAAGGUAGUAGGUGUUCCUUUGCUGCAGGUCUUAGUAGGUAGAAGGGUUAAAAGGGAGAAGUAAGACAUUGAAUAAGUGAAGAUUUUCCAAAAAGAGUAAAGCAGCAGUAAAUUCAGAUGGUUUUAAAAAGCUGAGGGGUUUGGGGGAAGCAGGCUAAGGUAGAAGGAGAACAAGAAGAAAACUUAGAGGUGGGGACGUAGCAUUGAAUCUUGGUAAAAAAUGCUAUCCACUGUGUGGCAUGAGCUUUUUAAGUUGAUAACUUAUUUUUAGGAUGUUACUUGCAGUUUGAUUUUUUGUUAAA